AUGUGUCAGGAAUUGUUGGAAAUCCCGAUAGCCGAGGACAAGCACGAGUCGCGCAUAGCUACGUUGAGAGCUCUCGCGAACAGGCAUCAAAGGAUCAUUGCAUUCGCGGACAGUGUUGAGAAUGUGUUCUGCUAUGCGGGGCUGAUGCAGUUUCUCACAAAUACGCUCGUUAUUUGUUUUUUAGGAUUCUUGAUUGUGACCUCGCACGAUUCCAACGAGGUGCUGAUGAAGGCCAUUUCUUAUUACGUCGUUGUGAACGUAGAAGCGUUUGUGCUUUGUUACACCGGCGAAUACCUCAGCUCGAAGAUCUAUCGUGAAACAUUAUUUCUGAGCAAGUCUAUAAGUCAGUCCGCAUAUGCGUCACUUUGGUACGAAUUAAGGCCUACUGAGAGUAGAAUUCUGAAGCUGCUGAUACUGAGAUCUCAGAAGCAACCGGCACUAACAGCCGGGAAAUUUGUAGAUUUAUCUCUGGAGAGUUUCGCAAGCAUCCUGAAGGCCUCUGCGUCUUACAUGUCGGUGUUACGCGCCAUGUAUUAA